AUGAAACCUUUCGGUCUGAUCUUUCUUUUGCUCCUUGCUGGGCUGGGCUCCAAGGCAGCUCCCUCGGCCUCACCACCUGCGGGCUUGGACUUCCCAGGGAUAAGCGACCCCUCUACGACCUCCCCUAGCUCUUCUGAAAAUUCCACUCUUGACCAUCCUAACCAUCUUAACCAUCCUGAGACUCUCCCUUCUGAGCCCUCCAAGACACCCCAUGCAGUUUCUCCUGAGAACACCCCCUGGAGUUCUGGGAGUCCUCCCCUCCUGGAAACCCCACACCCAGGCCUCCAUGAAGCACCCAAACCUAGCACAUACAAAAUCUCAAGCUCAAAGUCCUUGGAUACUAACUAUUCCAAAACAACACAUCCAGAACUUUCUGAGAUUCCCAAACCUUACCCUACUGAAACUCUACACCUAGAAUCCCUGGAGACCACAAAACCUAAUCCCUCCAAAUCUUUGUACUCUGAAUUUCCUGAGGCCCUAAACCCUGAUCCUACUGAAUCUACAUACCAAGAACCCUCUGAGAUCCCCAAAAGGAACUCCAGUGAAGUCCUGCACCCAGACCCUGACCCCACCAAGGCCCUUGACCCCAAAACUCUAGAGACCCAUAACUCUGCCACCACUCAGACCCCAAACUCUGAAUUCCACCAGGCCAUCCAUCCUGACCCUACUGAACUGCCCCACCUAGAAUCCCAUGUGACCCAUAACCCCAUCUCCACUGAAAUCCCCCAAACAGAAUUCCUCACAACCCAAGACCAAGAUGCAGCCAAGAGUCCCUUGACCUCUGACCCAGAACUCUCCACUAAUCUUCAUACAGACACACCUGCACCAUUCAAGGAUAAAGCUACCUCCCUCAAUGAGGUGCAACUGUAUUCCACUCCAGAAGCUCUGGUCACCACCCAACCUGACUCCCCUAAACUAUCCACCUCAGAGUCUCCAGGAACCCUUGAACUGAAGACCCUUCAGAACCCUGGCCCUAAAGGACCCACCGUCCCUCCUCCCUCAGCCCGGAUUGCAGGCCCCCCUGCUCUUCCAGGGUUCUCAAAUGAGCCAAUCCCUGCUACUCCACGGGUUCCCCAGCGGCGCAGCCGAGGCGAGCGGGUCAAUACUAUCAUCGUAGUGGAACGUGUGGAGGAGACAGGCGUGACUUUGGUGGGGCGCCCACGGGGCAUGGCGGGAGGCGCCCUGUGCAUUUUCCUCGCUGGGACUGGACUCUUGAUCGGCAUCUUUCUGCUCCUGUGGUGUCUCUACCGUCGGGCAGCUAGGCACCGGCCCUUCGCACACCACCGACUCCCGAACGACGAUGAGCCAGUUAUGCACCUGGACACCCCAAAGGACCCCUACGACCUCUACUUUUAUGCGCCGGAUGCCUGGGUCCCUUCGCACAUCACCACCAAGCAACUGCCACCCACUCCCCCACUACCACCCAAACUGCCCCCGCCACCCCGCGGAGGGCCCCCCCAGCGCUUGGAGGCGCUCUCCCCUGCCACACUUCCCAACAACUUCGUGUGA